UGAAGAGUCUGUUGUGCAUGCACCCUAAUUAUAGACUGUAGUUGGUCUGAACAAGAAAGAAAUCCCGAAAUCCAGUGUUAGGAUCUCACAUCCGUUCCAUACUCCAAAGCAGAGGGUGAGCUAAACCAAACCAAACAGAAAAAAGAAAAGAUUUAAGAGGUGGGAUUAAGCCUGCGAAGCGGAACUCAGGGGAUAAUAUGCCGACGGCUACGGUUGAAUGUGGCUAGUAAACAUGGGGACAGCAAGCUAGCUAAGAUAACUGUCCACUGAAGGGAAAUAUAACAGUUGUAUGAGAAGAUUUCAUCGCUGUGGGAUGACAGGCUGUAGCUGAUCGGUGUCCUCCAGUAUGUUUCCCCCAGGCAGCACCUUGGUCAGGUCUGCUGUGAAGCUGCUGCCACGGCGCAACGGGAGUCGAGGAUGUGUCUGGUGCAGAAACAUUUCUGUGAAACCAGGAGAUCUGAAGCCAAAGACGGUUCCACCUCGGUACCUGGGCCAGCCCAGCCCUUUCACUCAUCCACACCUUCUCAAACAUGGUGAGGUGACCCCAGGCUUGAGCCAGACAGAAUAUGAGCUCCGCAGACACAGGCUGGCCUCACUUAUUGAGGCCCAGGCAGACAGGCUGGGGCCCUCUGCUUCCUCUAGCACCAAUGUGGUCAUUGUUUUGUCCCAUCCGACCCGCUACAUGACCAAUGAUAUCCCUUAUCCCUUCCAUCAGAACCAGGAUUUCCUCUACCUCAGUGGCAUCCUAGAGCCUGACAGUGCCUUGGUUCUUCAUGGGAAGGGGCGACCAGACCAGGCCAUCUUGUUCGUUCCCCGCAGAGACCCAGGAAGAGAGCUGUGGGAUGGGCCCCGAUCAGGGAAGGAUGGAGCGGCUGCUUUGACUGGCAUAGAGAGAGUUCAUAGCACAGAAGAACUGGGUGUUGUGCUCAAGAGCCUUAAAGGCACUGUGCUGUGGUAUGAUAGUUCUCAGCCCGCCCAUCCUCGGCUCCACCAGACUCAUGUGUGUCCCGUGCUGGAAGAGGGGUCGAUGCCGCGCUCCCUCAGGCCCCUCAUACACUCUCUCAGAGCCGUCAAGAGCUCAGCAGAGGUGGCCCUCAUGCAAGAAGCAGGUCACAUCACAGCACAGGCUUUUCGGAGGACAAUGGCUCUGUCUCAUGGAGACGUGGAUGAAGCUGUGCUCUUUGCUAAGUUUGAUUUUGAGAAUCGGAUCCAUGGCGCCAACUUCCUGGCCUACCCCCCCGUUGUUGCUGGAGGGAAUCGGGCUAAUACGCUGCACUACAUAAACAACAACCAGAUUGUCAAGGAUGGUGAAAUGGUGCUGCUUGAUGGUGGUUGUGAAUACUUUGGUUAUGUCAGUGAUAUCACGCGAACAUGGCCAGUGAAUGGAAAAUUCAGUCCUGCCCAGGCCGAGCUGUACGAGGCCGUCCUGGAAGUCCAGUGCUCCUGUUUGUCUCUGUGUUCCCCGGGCAUCAGCCUGGAUCACAUCUACAGCACCAUGCUGGCUCUGUUGGGACGGCAGCUCAGGCACCUAGGCAUCGUCAAACCCAGUACCAGUGAUGCUAAUGCACUAAAGGCUGCACGGCGGUUUUGCCCCCACCAUGUUGGCCAUUACCUGGGCAUGGAUGUUCAUGACACUCCUGAGCUGUCCCGCUCACAACCUCUUCAGCCAGGAAUGGCCAUCACUAUAGAACCAGGAUUGUACAUCUGUGAGGACAAUGACGAGGUGCCAAAGCGUUUCCGCGGGCUGGGCAUCAGGAUUGAGGAUGAUGUGGUGAUCCAAGACAAGGGAGGCCCUUUGAUUCUGUCUCGUGAUGCACCAAAGACCAUCGCUGACAUAGAGCAGGCCUGUACCCAGAGAUAGGACAGGGAAAGACAGGCAAGUAACCAAAACGUUUAAAGAAAAGAGCAGGUAAAGGUCGAGGUGAUUUAGUUGUGUGUUACGAACUUAGGGUGUAGCUCUGGAGCCUACAUGUGUAUACUCAGCUGCAGCUGACAUCCUCAAAAAUUUAAUAAUACAUCAGGGAUGCAAUGACUACAACAAUACCACGUGGAGACCAGGCCUGAUCAUGUACAUCAUGUGCAUCUUUGCAUCUUGUGCUGUGAUGAUGCUAUCAGCAAGUGAAAAUUAAAGAUAAAAACCUCUUGCAUCAAGUAUGUGUGUGUGUGUGUGUGUGUGUGUAUGUGUAUGUAUAUAUAUUAUUCAUCACUCAUGAUGAAUAAUAAACAAAUGAUAGAGAAAUGGUUUAAAAAGUCCAAACUGAAAACAGUUUGUGCAGUUUGUGUGUGUUUUUUUUGUGUGUAUGUGUGGGGAAAUUUGUAUUUUAAGCAGAAAGGCAAAUGUGAUGUCUUUUAAAGAUGUUAUAUGUAUUAAGAUAAAGAUGUAUCAAGAUGUCAUUAUCCCUUCUAUCUCAACUACUGAUGGAUGAUGGAUGACAUGAUGUUGAAAAUGAUGAUGAUAAUAAUAAUAGUGGCUGUGUUGAAUUAGGUUGUUAAACCCCUGACUGCAACAACAAGGAAAAUAAAUGUUUCACCUGAGGGUUUCAUGGUCCAUUAGGCAUAGAUUUGGUUGCUGGUGGGGUGGGAACAUCCCCCUUCGUUAUUUCGGUUACAUCUCUAAUCACAAUUCAUGACUGGCUUGGGUUACUAUUGUCACUCCAAGCUAAAAAAUGGAACUCUUACACUCUACACGCCACUGACAACAAACUAUAGGUCAUGUUUUCUAUAUUAAUGUUUUUCUCCUUUGGGUCAGGCAUGGAAUAAUUCAAUAUUUUUUUAAUUUCAUGCUGUCUUGGGGUUCUGUUGACCAGUUCUCCCUAACCAGCAUGCAAAUAAAUGCCUUUUAUUUAAUUUUUC